AUGGCCGACAGCAAGGUGGCGCGCGUCGGCCUUCUGGACUUCAACACGUUCGCGCAGGCGGAGGGAAUUGACCCCAAGGCGGAGGGGGUCGUCACGCAGAAGGCGCUUCCCCCGCAGGCGCGCCCGCAACCCGAUCAGCCCCUCCCCGCGCGCCCGCAGAGCAACGGCGCGCAGCGGGACGCGGAGAGGCGGCAGCAGCACCAGCCGCUGCUUGUGGAGACCCCCCCGUGCCGGUCGCCGUCAGACUCGUUAGGAGCGAACUCGUUCGAAGCGAACGCGCCAGAAGCGAACUCGAUAGAAGUAAACUCGUUAAAAGUACAAGAAAGAGCGGUCGGAACGGAGAAUAAGGCGGGGUGUUUUGAGAUCGAGAGUGGCGAUGAAGGGACGGACGGGGGGGGAGGGGCGAAGGGCGAGGAGAAACUGGCGUGGGAGAUGGAUAUGUCAAAGGUGCUCUGCACCAAUCAGCUGGCAGCAGGCGCGUUUGGGCGCGUGUACCACGGGCUGUACGGGCAGGAUGACGUGGCAGUGAAACUGAUCAGCGUGUCGCCCAACAUCCCCCCCAAGGAGCUGGCGAGCAUAGAGGCGGGCAUUCUGCAGGAGAUCAACGUGUGGCACACGCUCAAGCACCCCAACAUCGUGCAGUUCAUAGGGGCAUCACUAGACGCCAGCAAUAUUGUGGCGCCAGCAGAGGCGAAGCCGCCGCCCGGCACGCCGCUGUGGGCGAUCGUCACGGAGUACAUGUCGGGCGGCACGCUUCGGAACUAUUUGGCGCGCCGGCGACGCCUGGCAGAGAAGGACGUUCUGCGGAUUGCCUUGGAUGUGGCUCGUGGGCUGGAGUACCUGCACGCGCACCACAUAGUGCACCGGGACUUGAAGUCAGACAACAUUCUGGUGAGCUACAAGGGCAGCGUCAAGAUUGCUGACUUUGGCGUCGCACGCACGGAAGCUAAGAACCCCGGCGACAUGACGUGUGAAACGGGCACCGUGCGCUGGAUGGCGCCUGAGGUGAUAGACCACAAGCCAUACACCAGGAAAGUGGACGUGUACAGCUACGGCAUCGUGCUGUGGGAACUGGUGACGUGCGAGCUGCCGUUCAAGGGACUCACCUUCAUCCAACUCGCUUACAACGUUGUUCACAAGAACCAACGGCCGGACAUUCCCCCUUCAUGCAACCCGGAGCUGGCAAGGCUGAUGGCGGAGUGCUGGGACCGCGAUGAGACAGUGCGCCCUGAGUUUGCAGAGGUGGUGGCUCGCCUGGAGAAGAUCCAAGCAGAGUUAGGGUCGGCGGGUGAUGGUCAAGGCAGUGGUGACACUGGGACAAGUUGCUGCACGAUACUGUAA